AUGAUAGCCCCAAGAGCUCGAUUAGGAACCAUUUAUUUAUCGAAGUCAACGUGUUUGUACAAAAAUCUUGCCCUCGAGGAGUGGCUCUUUAGAAAUCAUGACCUGGAGAAAUCGGAAGAGUCAGUAUUACUGUGGAGGUGCGUAAAGUCAAGUUUUACAAAGUCGUGUUUAGCAAUACACCAUCGGUUGUUAUCGGACGCUAUCAAAAUCCAUGGCUUGAAGCAAACAUCAACUUUUGCGAAACGAGAGAGAUUAAUGUAGUAAGAAGGUUUAGUGGUGGAGGAGCCGUCUUUCAUGACUUGGGUGAGUUAUUUAACAAUUCUUAACUUAUUCGUUUAGGGAACUUGAACAUAUCCGUUCUAACUAAUCAAAAACGACAUAACAGAAUCAGAAACUUGAAACUAGUGGCAGAUCAAUUAAAUGCAUUAUUGAGUACAUCAGUGAGUCUUUGGUCGUCUUUUUGCAAUUUUAAAAUUUAGGUAGAGCUCAAUUCCCGAGACGACCUUCUUUUACCGGGAGAAAGGAAAGUAUCCGGCACGGCGGCAAGAGUAGCAAGAGGUCGCGCCUAUCACCACUUGACAUUGCUAGUUGACACAGACCUUACAGUACUCAGUCGGUCUCUAAAGUCACCGCUUACAUCUUUAAUUGUAACCAACGCAACAAGAAGUGUAAGAGCGAAGGCCGUUGGGCAGUUAAAUCAGGACGUUCCCGGGAUAACAACAAAAGAAGUGCGUGAUAUAGUAAUAGCCGGUUUCGGUAAACAAAAUUUGGAAACCCAGAUAUUGGAGAUUACCGAGGACGAUGUGAUAAAUGAACAGAAGAGGCCGGGGAUCACCCAAACGUACCGACAAUUAAAAUCUGACGCGUGGUUAAUAGAGAAGACGCCAAAUUUUACACUUUCCUUACCUGAAGGGAAUGUUUUGAUAGAAAAGGGGCAGCUUCUUAGUUCAAUAUCUCCCACUCUCAACGUUGGCACUUUCCCAUUAAAUUUUACUGUUUAA